CGGCCCAAAGCGGCAAGUGCGCCGGCAAGGACCAGCUCGUCUACCGCGACCGCCUCCGGUUCGACCUCCAUACUCACAUACACUCUCCGCCCAGCCUGGUCCCGUUCUCCAAUGUCUGAGAACGCCGGGUUGCCCGCCGCUCAGUCAAACUCUGCCGACCCGGCUGCGUACUCCCCCAAGCCCACCAUUGCCUACGCCUCCACCGUCGGGUUCCAAGCCGCCGCCGUCGGCGCAUUCGUCAGUGCCAUCCAAAAUGCGCUGGGUUCACAUACUGCGGGCGCGUCGGGUUUCCUGACGAGAACGGGAGGAACCAUUGGGUUCUUCGGUGCCAUGGGCGUGACGUUCGCGCUCACGGAGUCCGUCGUGGCGAAUACCAGAGCGAAGGAUGAUGCUCUGAACGGCGCAGCGGGUGCUUGCGCUGCAGGCUUUUUGGCGGGCAUCCGGAAACGCUCAGUCCCAAUAGCAAUUGCUUCGUGUGCUGUGAUGGGUGCAGCUAUGGGCACCUUCGAUUAUGGUGGAAAGAGUCUGCAAGGUUCAAUCGAGACCAAGGAAGAGCGGCGGAAGCGUUUCUUCAAGAACCCACCUACGACGAUGCCAGCGCAUGCAGGAGGGGAGUCGGAUUAGAUGGACCGCUGUAGAGUAUCUCAUAAAAUGCUUUUUCUGCCAACAU